UUGAAGUCAGUGACACAGAGCCAAUGACUGAGUUGCAGUCUCCGAGGAGUGAGGGCGCCGGGAGAAAGUUUUCUGAUUCCGCGGAAUGGUGAUUACCGUUUAACAAACACCAUGGGGUUUGAGUUGGAUCGUUUUGUCGGAGCCGUGGACCCGGAUUUCAAGUGCAGGCUGUGCAGCAAAAUCCUGGAGGAACCCCUGUCCACCCCGUGCGGACACGUUUUCUGUGCAGGCUGCCUGUUGCCUUGGGCGGUGCAGCAAAGACUCUGCCCGCUGCAGUGCCAGCCCAUCUCCGCCAAAGAGCUGCACCAGGUCCUUCCACUUCGGAAUCUCAUCUUGAAACUGGACAUCAAGUGCGACUACAAUGCCAGGGGUUGUACGAAGACCGUCAAGCUGCAGGAGUUAAGAGACCACGCCGAAAUGUGUGACUACAGCCCUUCACAGUGUAGGAAUAAAGGAUGCAACGAAGUGUUCAACCUCAAGGACAUGGACUCUCACAUGAGGGAGAGCUGCGAGUACAGACCAGUGGGCAUUUGCCAGAAGGGCUGUGGGCUGGUGCUGCUGCAUAAGGAUGUGGCACAGGGAAGUCACUGUUGCUUGCGAGCCCUCCGUGCCCAGAACGUGGCCCUCCAAGUGAAGAGCGCGGCGUUGGAGCAGGAGGCAAAGAAGCAGGCGGUCCGUUGGGGUAAACGGGAAAAGUCGCUUCUGGCUCAGGUCUCGGCGCUGCAGAGCGAAGUACAGCUGACUGCACUGCGCUGCCAGAAGAAGUUCAACCAAUACGUGAGCCGAAUGAGCAGCCUCAGCAAACCCGUUGGCGUGCAGUGCACGGGAGGAGAACAGAAGCCACUCAGCAUAAUUCUCCACAAGGAAAGUGACACUCUAGGAUUCAAUAUUAUUGGUGGCAGGCCAAGUCAGAAUGAAUCUGCUGCGGAAGGAAUUUAUGUUUCCAAAGUUACUGAGAAUGGACCUGCUGACAGACCUGAUGGACUCCAGCUACAUGACAGAAUCAUUGAGGUUAAUGGGAAAGAUCUUUCCAAAGCUACUCAUGAAGAAGCAGUGGAAGCAUUUCGCAGUGCCAAGGAACCAAUCGUGGUGCAAGUUUUACGAAGAACACCCAUUACCAAGAGCCAUGGCAACCCUCAGGAAAUCCAGCUUGUGGAUGUUUGCACGCAGACGGAUAUUACUUUUGAACACAUAAUGGCACUUUCCAAAUUACGACCCUCAACCCCUCCAGUACCUGAUAUCUGUCCAUUCCUGCUGUCUGACAGCUGCCACUCACUGCAUCCAAUGGACAACGAAUAUUACGAUGGCAAUGAGUUUCUAUCCACCAUACCUGCAGAUGCAGAUAGAACUGAAGAGUUUGAGUACGAGGAGGUCGAACUGUGUCGUGUGAACAGCCAGGACAAGCUUGGGCUCACCCUCUGUUAUAGAACUGAUGAAGAGGAGGACAUGGGGAUCUAUGUCAGUGAGGUUGGUCUUAACAGUAUUGCUGCCAGGGAUGGCCGGAUUAGAGAAGGUGACCGCAUUUUGCAGAUAAAUGGGUGUGAUGUCCAAAACCGGGAAGAAGCCGUGGCACUGCUUGCCCGAGAGGACUGCAGAAACAUUGUAUUGCUUGUGGCCAGGCCAGAAAUACAGCUGGAUGAAGGGUGGCUAGAUGAUGAAAGAAAUGAGUUCUUAGAGGAGCUCAACAUGGAGAUGCUGGAAGAACAACACAAUGAGGCAAUGCAACACACAGCCAAUGGACUAGAUCAGCCGAAGAAAAUUGAGGAAGAUGAUGGGACGACUGACACAGCAACGACCUCUUCUAACAACCACGAGAAAGACAGUGGAGUGUGCCGGACAGAUGAGAGUGUACGUCAUGAUGAGAGCUCAGAGCAGGAGAACAUGGGGGAUAGCCAGAAAGAAGCUUCCCUCCAUCUUAAGCGUGACCUGGGUCUCAGUCAGGAAAUUGUUGAGAGCAACGAUGCACAGUGUAGUGAAAGUUUAGUUUCUGGUGAAUACAUUGACUCUGAUUGUACUGGAGCCCAAGAUGAGGAGUGUGAGAGGUUUCGUCAGCUCUUAGAGUUGAAGUGUAAGAUAAGAAACAGUGGGGAAUAUGACCUGUACUACAGCCGUAGUAGCACGAUUGAAUGCAGCCUUAAAGAGCAAGAUGGGAUGGAACGUGAACUGCAGUUACUCAAUGAAGAGCUUAGAAAUAUUGAACUGGAGUGUCAAAAUAUCAUGCAAGCCCAUAAGCUCCAAAAUGCAAGGGAGCAAUAUGCCAACCUUUGGUCAGUUCAUGAUGAGGGCUUUCAAACAUACAGCACCAGCAUAGACCUGCAGAGAACUAAACUUGCUGAUAUCAUGGAGCAUCCAGAGAAAUCUGACAAGGAUAGUUCCAGUGCAUACAACACUGCAGAGAGCUGUCGCAGUACGCCAUUAACUGUGGAUAGAUCUUCAGAUAACUCUUUGCAGAGAAUGAUUAGCUUAACAAACAAGAAAAACCUGAGGAGCACCAUAGCAGCAAACCAAAUGUGUGCUAGGAAGGACAGCAAAGAUGUCAGUCUAGCUACAACCAAAAGUUCUGGGCCAAAUAACAUCACCGAGGAAAAUGAAAAAGCCACAGAUGGCAGAAGAAUUGAUGAACAGGAAAUGGCUGGUUCACAGCAAGUUCCUUACCUCUCCCCCUAUCAUAGUUCUCAGUACAGACACACUAAUAUACCUGCUCAUGCCCGACACUAUCAAAGUUAUAUGCAACUCAUCCAGCAGAAAUCUGCAGUGGAAUAUGCUCAAAGUCAGCUGAGCCUUGUAAGCAUGUGCAAAGAUUUGCAGAAGUCAACAGAACCUAAAAUGGAAUGGAAAGUGAAAAUUCGUAGCGAUGGGACCAGAUAUAUCACCAAAAGACCAGUCAGGGACAAAAUCCUUAAGGAGCGUGCCUUAAAGAUCAAGGAGGAACGCAGUGGCAUGACGACGGAUGAUGAUACGAUGAGCGAGAUGAAAAUGGGAAGGUACUGGAGCAAAGAAGAGAGGAAGCAACAUCUUGUGCGGGCCAAAGAGCAGCGACGCCGGCGGGAAUUCAUGAUGCGCAGUCGCCUGGAGUGCCUGAAAGAGAGUCCCCAAAGUGGCAGUGAGGGGAAAAAGGAAAUCAAUAUUAUUGAACUUAGCCACAAAAAAAUGAUGAAGAAACGAAAUAAGAAAAUCUUGGACAAUUGGAUGACAAUCCAAGAACUGAUGACUCAUGGGGCCAGGUCUCCAGAGGACAAAAAAGUACAUAAUGCCUUCUUGUCUGUUACUACUGUGUAAUAUGGACACUACCGAUUUUGGUAGAAUGUUAUUGCCUCGUUCAAUGUGGCAUUUUUUAAAAACUAUUUUUAACAGUUUAUAACAUGAGUACUUUUUGUAAACUUAUUUUAAGUUCCUUUUCAUAUUUAAUUUGGAGUUUUGUAGCUUUCUGUUUCAUACUUCCUUUUCUGUAGGUUUAAAGCUUUACAGAAUCCCAUUGUAAAGAGCUACUUACAGCUUGCUGCCUUUUUAUCUCAAGAUGGUUCUUGCAAUAAAUUGGCAGUCUUUUGUAACAUGACCAAGGGAUUAUUCCUCAUCUCGUCAAAGACUUCCGAGAAGGGUUUAUACCAAGACAUUUCCAGAUAACAUGUGAGAUCUGAAUCAAAGCAAGCCCUUCUGUGAAGAAAUUCAUGAGAUUAAGACAAGAAAAGGAGACAAACAGCAGAUGAAGGAUAAUGUUGUUAAAGUUUCCUGUUACAAAUGCAGAUUCGGAAUGAUAUGAAUGCACAUGAAGUCAUUUGACCAAAGGUGUCUCCCUGGUCUUUUCCAAGUGUUAGUUCAGCCUGCAAUCAUGUAAUAAAAGUUAUGUAUUCCUGAUGGCUCUCUUUGAGAGAUGCUUGGACUUCUUUCAACUAAUAUAUCAUUUAACAGCUAAGUUCCAAAUCCUCUAGCAAUAUUAAGUACAAGAAAUAGCAUUCUGUAAAACUUUAACUUUCUUUUUUUUUUUGCAUAAUUAAGCAAUCAUUCAUUUUUCAAAUGCAUUGUGUGUACUGUAACUUUAUACCUUUUGUAACCAGCCUUGUUCAUGUUCCUCCUAUUGUAUUUUUUUAUUUUAUUUUCUUUAUAUAAUACCAAAACAAUAUUUUGCAUACCUACUUAUAUGCAAAAAAUGCAAACAGUUAAUGGUACUGGAAAUGUAACUUUCUCUGCUCAAAAGGUGGAGUAUAAACUGUUUCAUACACCUUUUCUUAUAGUGUUUUCUAAUGAUAUAUUGUACAUGACAGCUGUAAAUUGCAACUGUAUUAGUCCACGUCAAGUAUAGAUGGGCAAUAUUCAAGUAAUAUGUAGUUGAACUGAUCAUGUAGUCAGUUAAAUUUGUGGUUAUUCUGAAAAUAAAAAGUAAAUUAUUGCUUACCUUUAAAAGAAACCUUACAGAA